ACAGAGCAGGCGAGGCACCGCGUCGAGUUGAAGAGCAGCAGUCAUUACGUAGAGAACGCAACACUUUGCAGUCGCACUCCCAUUUUUUAGUGCUUAACUUUUUUUUAUCGCUGUCUGGUGAAUGAUGACUGUAACUGCAAGUGUUAUAUCGGGCGCUAAAGAGUUUUAUUAGUCAGGAUUCCCGUCUGGAGAGAUAGCAGCAACUACUAAACAACUACAACAGCGCUAUGUGAAGAGGGUCGAAGAUACCUACACAAUUGUUUAGCGUAGACUUGUUAAACAUUCUCAAUCUCGGAGGUCACUGUACCGAAGCAGCUGCCACAGGACGACCUGAGAAAUCCCCCACCUACUGAAGGCAGGGAUACUAACCACUGAAAGGGAUUUCCGAUGAGUGAUGGCGAGACAGUAAGAAAAAGAAAUUGAGUUCACUGUUCUAGGAAAAAAAAAAGUCAAGUAGAAAUAGCAGGAAAGAUCUUCAACUAACACUAUCCUUAUCAGUUGCGAAGUGAAGCACAGCUACCAAGAUGCUUAAGUUCCGGGUAACUAACAGCAUGCGGGCCAGAAGGGCGGCCGAGGCUCAGCGGAAGGCCCUCGAGGAAAAGUUGCAGCUAGAAUGGGCCUGGAAGCCCAUGGCAGCUGUUAUGAAUGAAAAACAGACAGACCUAGUGUACUGGAUACCACCACUUUACCGCAAUAACAUCAAGACAGCUGGUUCUCGGGUGCGCAGAAAGACAGUUGUCCACAGAACCUCCAUAAACAGAGCUUCAUUGAAUCGCUUACCCUAUACACACCUUCAAGCAGCCCACAUGUAUUCACAGCUCCAGGCAUCCCAAAGAAAGAAGAAACUUGCCCGAAGGAGGGCAAAAUUGGCUACAGAGGUUAGCUUUGAGGACCCCACAGAUACGGAGAGCAUUGUCCGGCCUCGGAGAAGGUCCAGAGUAGCUAGAGAAAUCAGUCUCGAAGACCCAACAGAUACGACCAGCAUUGUCAGUAUCCGAAGGCGAUCAAAACUAGGGCAGAGGGUCAGCUUUGAGAAUGCAACUGAUACUGACAGUGCUGUUCUCGACAGCAGAAGCGACAGUAAAAGUGAAUGGCAGGAUGCAAAGGAUGAGGACAUUGAAAGCGGAAUCCACGAUGAGAUGACAGACUACAAUGCGGAUGAUUUGUCCCUUCAUAAUGUGCAGAGUCUUCAUGAGGAGGAGGUGGUUCGCCCUACUGGAGCUACCACGAAGCGUCGUUUAGGUGAACACAGGAGGGCAAACAGAACCGCUUUCAACAAGCCCAAAGUUCCUCCCAAACCUGAUUUUAUAGCCAAAAGCUUCGAAGCCAUUGACAAGCCCAAACCUGCUCCAACUCUAAUACGAUUGCUAGAAAAGGUGUCUCAUAUUCACUGCCCUCCAGUCAAUCCAGUUAAACCAAUCAAACCUGAGCUAAGAAAAAUCAGCCGUCGAGGGUCGGAGUCAAAGUCCUCGUUGAAAGGAAAAGUGAGAAGACCAUCAGUGAAAGUCUAUGGAAAUUCAUCUACCCGUCUUUCGAGCAGAAGAUCCAAACCUUUUGAUGACCAAAAUGACUUAGAAAGUCAGUGCGUUAUUGUGUCCGUUGACAAUGAGGCUCUCAAGUCUCCUCCAAAAGCAUCUCCCAAACCACCACCAAAAUCUUCCACAAAGAGCAGCUCAAAACCUUCCACCAAGAGUAGUUCCAAGCCGAGCUCUAAAUCCAGCCCUAAACCCACUACCAAAUCAAUGCCUAAAAGCCACGGAGGACAUGGUUCCAUAAAAGACCUCAAAAAAGGCAUGCAUAAAGACAUGCCAAAGACACCAACAAAGCCUCCGCAGGAACCAGCUUUUGGUAUCCUGAAAGACCAGCAACCUUUUGGUAUAUUGAAAGACAACCCUGUCAAGCCAGAUGAAGCCGAGUUCCGCAAUGCUCAACUCCAGAUGAUUCUGAGGCUUUUAGCACAACUGUAUGAGGAGAAGGUCAGUCGACAGGACGCAGAAAUUCAGAAUAUGAAAGCGAGAAUACAAACCCAAGACAAACUAAUGAAACAGAUGGCCCACGUUGUCUUAGAACUGAAAGAAGAAAUCUCUCGAUUUAAACUCCAGAGCUCUGUACCCCGCCAUGAUAUCCCUGCUAAUGUUCUCAACAUCAAAGUUGGAGAUAACUAGGCUCAAUUCUCAAAAUGUUUAUUAUAAUCAGGUGCACCCAAGUGCAGAAAAUGUAUACUGCUAUAUCAGUUCUGCUCAAAGAUUAACACGAGAGCUCAUUCAGUAACUGAAUAACGUUGGUGGAAUGAUGUCUUUAUUGGCAACAGCUUUAAAAUGUUAACCAGAACGAGAUUGUUAACAGUAGGAAGGAUGUGAUUUGCAACAGCCAUGGUUAAGUUUCAUCUCUUCAGUGCAGUAGUAUCAAACAGUCAAUCCAGAAAUGAAAUGAGUUUUGGACUUCUGAGAAGAAAUCUUACUCUCGAGUAAGAAGAGGUAACAGAAGAUGCCAUUACAUCCAUCCUACCAUCUAUGACCGUGACAUGGGUCAUACGUUUCCCUGUUCUUGUCUUGAAAAGAAGCUUAUAAUUUACAGGUAAAAAGAUUGUUUUUCAUUUUCUAUAUUAUUUAGUGUUCACUUGAAACGAUAAAAACCAGGCCUGCUGAGUAACAUUUUAGCUUGAAGAAAAGUUUUAUUAUUUACCCACCACUAACUUCACUUAUUACCAGUUCCUUUUCAUGUUUUAUAUUAUUUUUAAAGAAAAAAAAGAAAAAGAAUUUUUGUUCUUUCAUAAACUGGUUCUGACCGACAUUUAACCCCUUGAAGGCUUACAAACACACAGGAAGUGACUGUAUACGAGUGGAAGGCUGAAAGUAUAAUGCAUAUGAAAAUGAAACUUACAUGUAAAACAUUUGAAAAAAAUUUCCAACGUUCACAUAGAUGUCUUGUAUUGGCUCUCUCUUCAUUUGGAUAUAAUACUUACAAUAGUAGAAACAAGGUGGGAGAUGAUGAGAUUGGCAGUCAAUUUUUGCUCUGUGAAAUUCCCCGUUUACAUUUGAAUAGAGCUCACCAUCACAUGAUAUUCUUCCGCCAAUGCGAAUUAUUUUAUAGUUGAUGUUAUGUGAUGAUGCUGGUCAUCGCAUGAGUGGUAUUGAUGAGUGAAGGUGAUCAUGAACACCAAUACUUAUCGAAAAACUAACGUAUAACUGGCAGUGGCUGACUCAUCGAAUAAUAAUGAUUUCAAUCAAUAAUGAGGCAUUGUCAAUUCAGGACGGCUCUACAAUGAUCAACAGUGCUGGGUCAGUAGAAACUCAAUUUCAUCAACUCUCCCCAACAGCCACUUACUAAUGUCAGAAAAUUUACCAGAUUAAUUUCGUUUGUGUCUCAACCCGUAGAUUUUGUGUGCCUUUAGGAGACCAGAUGGAAGGACUUCCUCUCGAUUAGAUGUUUGAUGCCGUGCCAAAGAUGACUUUUCAGAGAUGAUCCGAAGAAUCUGUUGCUAUUUAUUGUUUGAAACAAACAUGGUAGUGUAGCGAAGGUGGGUAAGGUUAACUCCUGUGUGUCUUAAGUUCCGGGUGCCAAAAAAAACAAAUUUGAAUAUAACUUAUUUAGAAAAAUAUCUGGUGGGCUUAAGGAUAAGUCUUUGUUCAGUAUCCAUUGCCCCCCCUCCCCCCAAAAAAAAAUGGGUUCACCGACCUGCCUGUAAAGAUAUAUAUAUAUAUAUAUAUAUAUAUAUAUAUAUAUACUAUAUAUAUAUAUAUAUAUAUAUAAAGAGAAAGUAUUACCGGAAUGAAACGAGUUCUGCAGUUAUUGAAUGAAGCCUCGUUUUGUUUUCUUUUAUUUAAAUUCUACCUUGUGUGUCCUGCAUGUGCUAUUAGAGCUCAGAUGUACUAUAUGGAAUCCUGUGAAUGCCUCAGUUCCAAUGUUAUAUUUCAUUAAUUAAUGUCGAUUAAUAAUUUUGUGAUUUCCUAUAAUCACUGAUGGUCUAACAAUUGUUACACUGUAAAUUUUGAAAUAUCAAACAACAAUGUAGUUCAUGUUCUAGUCGUGGACCACAUUCAAAAUAUUACGGUAAUGUAUUUUUAGAAUUAUGUAAAAACUGAAAUGUCUUAAGUAGCUUUAAAUGAUUCCAGAAUUUUAAUACUUAGGAGAUGGAACUCUCUAAGUCGCUCACUUCACUCUGCGUCCUUCAUUACCUAUAUCAUUAUGACGUAGUUUGCAGAAAAAUUUAAUAAAGAGAAAUUUUCUUUUUUGCCGCUAACUGUUCCGUCAGAGAUCUUGGGUGAUAAGAGAUUGAAUUUAUCUUAAGCAACUGAAGUUAUUUAAUGGUACAGUUAAUCAUUUUUUUUUAGUAAUUUCUCUAGCAAGGAAAAUACUUCCAAAAAUUAUACAUCUUUAUAAAUGUAGAGUAAAUAAAAAAGUAUUUUUAUACUAUAUAUGAAAAAUUAGUUAUGCAUCUAGUGACUAAUAUAUUCUAAGUUGCAAUUUUGCAGUUUGUUCUUUUAUUCUUACAGUUCACUGACUUAGUAAAAUUCACAGUUUUACGAACUCAUAAAGUAAGGAAAACCACCGCUGUGAAUAGCAAUACUGAUAACUUUCUACCUCGCUCUAGAUUUUUUAGGUGCUUAUCGGCUAGCAUAUUUUGGUUUUACGGAGACCAGUACAAAAUAUGAAUUAAAAUGUCUAUCCCUCAAAAGUAAAAAGAAGAAAAAAAUACUAUAAAUGAACGAGAAAGGAAAGGAUGCGGGCAAUUCCUUUUUAUUUAAAAUUGAGAUGCAUAACAAAUAUGCAAGAGAUUUUCCUUUAAUAGCAGCCUUUCGGUCCACAGACACGCACAAACAUCAUUGUACGUAUUCUUGGGUUCAUAAGUAGGGGGAACACGCCACUUGCUAACAUUGAAUUGCUCGAGAUCGGAAGAGCACGUAAUGUAAUCUCCUCAGCACACCCCUUUAAUGCGUGAAUUGGUAUUGGUAUUUUCAAAGAUAAAGGAGAGGCAGCAGUUGAACUUUAAUAGCAGAGAGUCACCAGGAAGACUCGAUCUCCUCUCUAGUCACAAAACGUUAUACCUACAUUUUGAAGAAGAUAUAAUUUCAUCAAUUAUGCUCCCUUGAUCCAGUACUUCCCGUCAGUGAAUUGCUCAUCUGAACUGAAGCGAUCAAAUUUCUCAUCACUGGACCUUUUUCUUCGUCUCCUGCUAAAACUGGCAGUGAUGCCUCUGUCUGUACAAGUGCAGACGGUCUGAAAUACGGUGUCAUGAAAUAUGUAGAUAUACUACCUAAGUAAUAAGUUGAAAUAUGCCAUAAAAUAUGUUGAUAUCCUUAAGUAAUAAGAGUUUCAAUUAAAUGUAACAACAAAAAAGUAUUAUAGGACCUAUAUUCUGAAUACAUUUACAGCCACUUCUGAGCUCAUAGAAAUAUCCGGUUCCCUGUUGAUAUUACAGAUAUUUAUAAAAACCCCAUUUUCGCAUCUGUAACCUAUUAAUCCCGAUCAUCAUACGAUGUAAGUAUUAUGAAAAUGCAGUCAAUAACUGAAGCAUCAUAGCGACAUGCCAACUAAGGGCUGUACUGCUGCAGUUUUCCUGAACCUCACUGAACAGACGAUCGACUUUGGAAACUGACUUUAAUCACCUCAUAGAAUAAACGCUUUAAGAAAAUACUCAUUAACUAGGUCUAGGCAAAAGCAUUGUUAUAAAUGUUCGGUAUUUUACUAAUAACGGUUUUCCUGUAUACCAGUCUGAAUCACAUUCAGUGUAACGAAUAACAGGACGGUUGAAUUCUUUUCCUUGCGCGUGAAAUCCUUCGUUUCUUGAUCGGAAUUCCAGGUAAAGUGAAGAAGGCUGUCCGCACCAGGAAACGUUGUUUGCAAACAGUUCGUAAGCAAUUUUUGCUGGCUUGCUUCUGGCGGAUUUGAAAAUAAACACAUAUACAUAGUAUACACACGUAUACAUACAUAUAUAAACAUACAUACAUUGUACAUAUAUAUAUAUA